UGGGGUCAUGACGAAACGGAGCAGCAGUCAAACAAGAUCGAAGAAACGAAGACGAAGGAGCGCGGUUGGGAAUGCUGCUCGAGAGAGGGAUCGAAUAAAGACGUUAAGAACAGCUUACAAUGAUCUACAGCGCGCCCUGCCAUACAUCCCACCAGAUACUAAGCUUUCCAAACUAGAGAUCCUUAUGCUUGCUUCUCGUUAUAUUAGACAACUGUCCACCAAACUUUCAGGGGGCGUGGCCCGUUGUAGAAGUGGGCGUGACACAUCUUAUGAAAACUUCGAUAAACUAAUUUGGCAAAAACCGAUCAAUGAAAAACAACGGAAGUCCCAUAAAAGUAUGAAACAACAACGAAAGAAAUGGCCAAUCAAAGCUACAUAACCCCAACCAACACAAUCAACAAAUCCCAUCAUAAUCUAUACACAUCACCAGCCACAUUAAACUCUGUUAUGGUGGAACUUGGGUUCAACCAUCAUGACAAACUCCUCGAGAUUUUAAGAAUUUUCAUAGUUACCUAUACAAUUAAAUUUUGUUCGUUUUUAACAUU